AUGUGCGAACUGGAAGAAGAACCCAAGGAUCUGAUAAAAGUGACUUAUGAGAAGCUUUCCACCGAUGAAGUGGCAGAAUCAGUAAAAUCUCCAUCUUGUGGGGCAGUAUCUUUGUUUAUUGGUACAACCAGAAACCACUUUGAAGGAAGGAAAGUUGUCCGACUUGAAUAUGAAGCUUAUAUUCCAAUGGCUGAAUCCGAAAUAAAGAAAAUCUGCCGAGCUAUUAGAAAUCAAUGGCCAGCGAUUCAGCACAUCAGUGUUUAUCACAGACUUGGAUUAGUUAAUGUGACUGAAGCAAGUGUGAUCAUCGCCAUCUCCAGUCCACACAGAAGCGAGUCCUUUGAAGCAGUAAAAUAUUGCAUUGAUACUUUGAAAGCCACAGUACCAAUAUGGAAGAAGGAGAUCUAUGAUAAUGAAGAAUAUACCUGGAAGGAAAAUAAGGAGUGCCAGUGGGCAAAAAAAUAGCCAAAAGUAACUAGAUCUCAGUGCAGUCUUGAUAUAAUUCUCUGUUGUCAAAAAAACUAGUAUUAUGAAUUAGGUAAUCAUGCCUUGAUUGAAACUGAUGAUUUACUUUUGCACUAUACAUUUUUGUGUAAAUACAGACUAUGAUGCAUAUACCUUUGUAUAGAAUUAUAUGAAAUAUGUUAAAUUUCCAUGUGGAUAACUUCUUGAUCUGAAACUUGUUGAUGCCACGUAAUUUCAUACUGAUUACCAGCAUUUAUGUUAAUGAACAAACACAUGCAGCAUUCUUGUUCUUUAGCAACACGCAAAAAGCUGGAGAAGCUCAACAAGUCAGUCAGCAUUUCCGGAGGGAAUAAGCAGUUGGCGAUUCAGGCCAAGACCCUUCAACAAGACUGGAAAAGAAGGGGUCAGAAGCCAGAAGAAGAAAGAGGAGGGGGCAGAGUACAAACUGGCAUGUGUUAAUUGAGAUGAG